AUGGCGUUUACAGUUUGCUUGGAUGAAGUCACGCCCACUGAUGGUUUGAUUGACAGGAGUGUCUCAGCCAAUCAGGAGACACCCGUCUCCUCCGCCGACCCCUGUGGGCCUGAACCUGACGCUGGGUCCCGAGGGUCUGAUGAGCGCUCGACUCGACUGGACUCUUCCGGCAGAAUCCGAUGUUCCCGUUCAUCACUUCAGAGUCUCCUGGACCUGCAGCGUCCCGGGACAAUCGUCCCGGAGGAAGAGGAGGAAGACCAUCGACGGGCGCAGCGCUGGACGGCUCUGGACGGGCUUCAGUGGAACUGCAGUGGCUCAGUGGAGGUCCAGGCCGUGUCGUUCUGGGGUCAGCGCCGACUGAAGAGUGCCAAAGCCUCCGUUCACAUCGACACACAACAACACACUCAGUCAAAGGCAGUUUCUAAAGCGAGGAAAGUGCCGGUGAAGAAAUCCUCGAGCGCUCUGGGGGUCGGCACACCGUAUUACAAGAACGGAGAACUACAGGUGCGCAUCUACUGGAAGAAGAGAACAGAUGUGUCGGGGAACCGUUAUCAUGUUCAGUGGAAGCAUGAAUACUGCAACCACAACCAGAGCCGAGCGGCGGAGAAAUCAGUCACUCAGGAGAACUACAUUAAUCUCCCCAACCUGCUGUUCUCCUGCAUGUACACGGUCACGGUUCACACACUCGGUGCGAGACAGCGCUCCUCGGACGAGAGCAUAGGCUUCCUCACGCCGUCCUGUGAGAUCAUCCGGAGCAAGAGCCCGAAGCCCAUCGCCUGUCCCGGGGACCAGGGCCGCCUCCACAGGACCGUGCCGGCGAAGGUUUCGGCUCAGCCUGAGAAUCUCACAGCGACCUUCACUCUCCACGACGGGAACGUGACGGGUCACUUCCGCUGGAGGGGGUCGCGACCCCAGUCUCAUCAGCCAAUCACAGGCUUCCAGGUCACAUGGGCUGAGUUUUCCACGGAGAGCCGUCAGAACAGUCUUCCCAACAGCAUCAUCUCGCAGUCCCAGAUCCUGCCACCUAAUCAGAACCUCCUGGUGGUGUCUAACCUGCGGCCGGGUACGUUCUACCGGGUAGAUGUGCAUGUGAUCACCGCGACUGGAGAAGGACCCGCGACGAAGAGAGUGUUUCUGACGCCCAGCCGACCGCCGAUUCAGCAAAAAGCACAACUUCAUCAGCAUCACCAUCAGAAGUCUUCAGUGGAGAAACACUGAACCGGUCAGAACACGAAACACAACAAGCAGCGAAUCGCAGUUUCCUUCAGACGCUCUGAGCCUUCGUUCUUCAACAACACCCCAAACUCUUGUGCUGUCGCCCCGGUCCAUGUGUGCGCUUACAUUCAGAAACCAUUUCAGCAAGUUAAGAGCGAUGUUGUGUUCCUGCAGAUUUGGUCAGAGUCUAUGAAAUCAAAUUAAAUUGAAAUGGAUGGAAGAAUGGGGUGUGUAAUCUAAGAGAGUUCAUGAUUAUCUGAGAUCAGAUCUGAUGAUGCAUGGCUAACAUAUUCAGUCAGUAUUUCCCAAACCCGUAUCUUUAUUCAGCUCUUUUCCAUUUCCAAGCAUCACUGAUCGUUUGUGUGAUUAAAUAAUGACUGGAUUUUAGGUUGAACUGUUCCUUUAAUAGGGUGUGAAAUCCAUCUUUGAUGCCUUUUAUUAUUACGUUAGCAAUUCUCCAUUACAGAUUAACAGAGAGUGUUUUGUUUAUUAAUAAAAUGAUUACUUAUGCGUGUUUUUUUGAUGGAAUGAUGUAAACUAUAUAUGUUCUCGACUGUAGAGAUAUUUGUUGCGGCAGUCAGUGAAUGUUGAUGUUGAUAUUUAUUUAUGUGUGUAUUGCAACACUUCAUUUGUAUGCGUGUAUGUGUGUAUUUUCCCCCAUGUAUUAGCAAGUCAGUGUUUUAUAAAAUACAACUUUGUGUAAAGACAUAAAAAAAAAAGAAUUGUACAUAUAGUGAUAUGUUCCAUUAUUUCCAUAGAACCUGUACAUACUUUUAAGUAAUAAAAUAGUUCCUCUACUAAUUCAGAUCAUCUGUAGUCCUGUGUAAAACAUUUGAUGUCAGUGACGUACCUCAGAUCUGUGGGAAAUAAAUAAAUGCAUCACUGACUGAAAUAAAUACAUAAAUCAAACAGAAAUACACUACUUGAC